CACUCACCACUACCGUCACGCAAUAUUAUCUCAAGCUCGCACUUGUGAGGUUAUACGAGAGCUACGGGUAACCCAAGAAUUCCCCGAUUCAACAUAGAAUUUCACCAAUGAUUUCAUUAAAACUCAUAACUACUUAUUAAUAGAAUGGUAAUCAGUCAACGUGUAAGUAUUUUUAUCACGUAAAUAUUGCUUAGGCGUGAUAUGAGUGACCAAGAUAAACGAGAGAAAAGCCAGUCGAGUGGUUAUUACGAAUAUAUGGAGACACUGAGGGAGUCAAUGAGAAAGGAAGAAGUUGAUCAUGUUCAGCCAACUUCGGAUGAUUUUGGUGAAAGGAGAGAACGAAAUUCACCGCAUCCACCAAUUACACAACGAAGAGGAAUAAAACGUAAUGCUAAUGGUGAUGAUACAACCAGUGAUGAGGAGGAUAAUGGAAGUGAGGGGGAGAGCAUUGAUAAGCCAAAUGAUGAAGGUAAUGCGUCUAGAAUUGAAAUAAAACAACUGAAAAUAUGGGCACUUCAAUAUCAAAUACCACCGGCUCAUUUGGAGCCUUUGCUUGUUAUAUUGCGUGCACGACUACUUCCAACUUUACCGAGAUCCGCGAAAAUAUUCUUAGAUGAUUCAUUGGUACCAUCCGCCAAGAAGAGACGAGAAGAGACAACAGAGAAGAACGAGUGUUGCAGUCCUGCCAUUCUUAAAGAAAUUUUGCGAAAAUUAGUUUCCAUUGAAACGGACGUGAAAAAAAAUCGCGAAACCCUGACAAAUAUUGAAGACUGUCUACAAGUAAAAGAGGACUUUGUAUCAGCGGACUUUUCAAUUCCCACGAAACACGAAAUCGAAUUACCAAUAAAUUCCGUAGACGCCCUUCUGCACUUCGAACAGAAAUUGACGGAUGACAGAAGGUGCCUCUCCGAUACUCUACAAGUGAUGAAGCGGCUGAAGUCGUCGAAGGUCUCCAUAAGUGCUACAUCGAUACUGAGAAAAUUUCUUGGGAGGACUGUGGCUAUACAGUACACAGCUACAAAAAAAAUGACUGAUAAAUUGGUCAUGGAAACACAUGUACCAAAAUUUAUGGGAUGUGUCCUAGAGGCACUUAUGGCUACUCACCAGGGCCUCUCGGACAAGGAGGCUAAGGCAGCUGUGGGCACGGCCCUCACCCAAUCCAAAGGCUGGGACGGACAGAGAUCGGACAAAGCUAAAAAAUUGGGGCACAGUGCUAUGACUGUUAUUAAAGAAGAAGAGGAUAUUCUCGACGCCGACUCCAUCAUGUCUAAUACAUGGAUGGGGGAGAGAUUCAGGUUAGACACAUCGGCGUCUGAGUAGAAACUACGACUAGUGAUAGACAGACACAGAUCAUUACCGAGUUCAUCUCGCUUUAUAAUAUUUUUCUAUAAAUAAACACUUGAAAAAUGAAAAA